AUGCUGGAGUGUGGACGGAACGAUAUCGUGAUGCCAGAGACGAGCCGGGUGGUGUACCACGUGCGCGCCCCGACGGUACCCGAACUGGCCGUCCUCAUGACACGCGUCGAGGCAUGCUUCGAGGCAGCGGCUCAGGCCACCGACUGCUCCCUGGUGCAGGAGAAGAGCAUCGUCUACAAGAACUUCGUGCACAACAGCGUCUUCGACGCGACCUACGCCAAGCAUGCACGUGACAUGGGCGUUACGUUCGUCGACGGCGAAUCGACACUCUUGGUGCCGUCGGGCGCCGCCUCGGACGUCGGCAACGCGUCGCAAGUGCUACCAUGCCUGUACGCCACGUUCGCCAUCGCCAGCGCGGGCACCAAUCACACGCGCAGCUUCGCCGCCGCCGCGGGGCUCCCGCGAAGCGCAGACGUCCGUGCGCAAGGCGGUCAAGAUGCUGGCCCUGACUGCACUGGACCUGUACACGGACCCGAAGCUCCUGGCGCGCAUAAAGCAGGAGUUCGAGGACUGGAAGGCCAAGCAGCAUCCACCGCAGUAACAAGAGCAACAACGGCAUUAGAGCUGGCGACGAAAGCAGCAACGUCAGCAGUAGCAGCAACAGUAUACAGCGUCAGCAAGGACGACUUCAAUCGCAGCAACUGGGCUGAACUUGUUGCUUCAGCAUAACAGCUAUGGUAGCGACACGAAGAAGACCGGGUGUAAGACGAACUGCCGACCAAUGGAGCUAUUUCCUGGGGCAUUGCCGGAUCAAAAGUUCUGGGAAGGUACUAUGUAAGUGUCCACCUUGUGGACAUGUCCAUUUCGUCUGCUGCUGAAGUUCUGAUUGGCUGGGCUGGGGUACGCGUGAGGAGACAAGCGCCCCCAGCCAAUCAGCACUUCAGUAGCAAACAAAAUCGACAUGUUCUCUAGGUGGACACUAACAGAAAACACCCCCCACUGGUGACGCCAAGGUCCCUAAGUGUCGCUGCCUAACAGCGCCACCGUGGCAUUGUGCUGUUCUUCGCCGCCGACUGUGUACGACUUCCGAAAUGUUACUGUUUCAA